UACUUAAUAUCAAGUAAUACCUUAGCACUAUUAUGUAAAAAGUUAUAAUUAAGUUCUAAAUAAAUUAUAAAUAGGUACAUUUUCACAUCAGUUAAAAGAAAACCACUUUUUUGGUUUUUGGGUGUGUAAGUUUGGCUCCAUAUUUAUUAUUUAUUUAUUAUUUAUUCAGCCCAGUUGCAUUUGCUUUCUUGCUUUGUUCGAUUUUUACACCAACAGUCCAUCCAUUGAGUUGCAUUGCUGCCACCUACUGCACAUAUUGCGGUAAAUAAUUUCACAUGGAUUUUUCAAGUUACUUAGAAAAUAAAUAAAAACAAGAAAAAAAAAACAGUAUAAAUGUUAUUGGUGGACAACGUAUUUGAUAGAUCCCCGGAAGUAAAACAUUCUUCCAGUCAAAGGACCAUAUAAUGUAUGAUUUAUAUCUAUUCAGAAAUGUAUACAAACUAUACUUUCAAUGAACUGCUAACCCUUAUGUAAGGUGCGCAUUUGAGAUACACUGUACAUUGUUUACACGUAUAACUACAUUUCGCAGCUGUUAAAUACUGUAUUUCCUGUGUACAUGUCAAACUCUUCUAGUUCAGUCUGUAAUUAUUUGAGAAGAAAGAAAUACCGAGUGCGUAAAUACUCGAGAAACAGUCUAAAUAGUGUGAAUAUUACCUAAUGUCAUCUGGAAGGCAGCACAACCUAAUAAUAGACUUUGAAAGAGUUUGAAAUAUUAGACACUAACGCUCCGGCGAAUAAGGUAUACGUCACUGUGGCUUGGCCCCGCAUAGCAGUGUCGGUGCGAGCCAUACAGUAAAUCGAACGCCCUCCGGUGCACCGCCUUAGCCUGUGCUGCUAACUGCUAGAGGUGAAGAGAAGCCAUGCAAGUGGAGACAACGGUGACUUCUGACUUCAUCUAAUGCAACGCAUGUGAUUUUCCUAAAUGUCUUGGGAAAUAUGGGAGCGUAGUUGGAACGACAUCUCAUUCCAAAUACCCAGAGACUGUGGCGGAGAUCUGACGUUGGAUUACAGAGACUCUUUGUUUGUCAACAGACCGGGACUCUGCUGAUGAACACACACAAAGCUGUGACCGAGUUGUGAGUCAGAAGAGGACACGCAGGGCUGAUGAAAAGCAUGACAUUCAGCCAAGCCACAGAUGCAUGCCCACUCAAAAGGCCCAACUAAGAGCCUUCCCCUCUGCCUCCCGGCUUUCAACCAGCCUUUCAGAGGGGGGUGGUGUCUUCAGGGUCAGCUUUUCACUGCAACCCCCACGUAGAACUCCACUGUGAAACUGGAGGUCUCUGAUGGAUCAGGGUAGUAGUGAACAGAGUCCAGAGGAGCCGGACACAGGAGGCCGAACAGAGCCGGAGGUCGGCAGGAGGGCGUCGGAGUCCAAAAUACCCCGUAAUGCCCUGGAGAACAUGGGAGCGUUGGGCCAUGGCCUGAAGCACUUCUUCCAGCCACAGCGCCGACGCUCCUCCGUUUCCCCACACGACUCCGCCUCGUCCUGCACGGGCGCCCCUCCCUCCGAACCCACUGAUGUAGGGUCAGAAGUAGGGGACGUUCCUGCCUCCUCGGCCCCCUCUUCGGAUUCUGACAACACUGCCGCUUCCGCCCCCCCUGCAGCUCUGAGCCGUGUUCUGCAGCAAAUCCGAAGUGGUCCACCAAUGAUGAAGCGAGGCACCAGCCUGCAAAGCCGCCGCAGCAAGGCCACGGGCGUCGGGGAUGCUCCUCAGAAAGGAAGUCCUCAGAUCCACAGACGCAGUACCCAUGAGGCCCUACUGCAGGCUGGGCGCCCGCGCUCAUCCUCAACUACUGACACGCCCAGCUGCCCAGCCCUGACUGACAUGCUGCUCACCUCUGGUUACCAGUCGACUGAGGAGUCUGACAAGGUGGAAAGAUACGACGGAUCAGGCCCUGCAGUGUCACCUAACGCCCUCCCCUAUGGCGUGGACGGCUACGAUGUCGUGGACAGCACCCCGGACCCUCAGCGCACCAAGCAAGCUAUCGCCCAGCUACAACAGAAGAUCCUCAAGCUCACGGAACAAAUCAAAAUCGAACAAACAGCACGGGACGACAACGUCGCCGAAUACCUGAAACUGGCCAACAACGCAGACAAACAACAGAGUGCACGCAUCAAGCAGGUGUUUGAGAAGAAGAACCAAAAGUCAGCUCAGACGAUCCAGCAGCUGCAGAGGAAGCUGGAGCACUACCACAGGAAGCUACGGGAGGUGGAGCACAACGGCAUCCCUCGGCAACCCAAAGACGUUUUCCGAGACAUGCACCAGGGGCUGAAGGACGUCGGAGCCAAGGUGACUGGCGGUUUAUCCAGCUUCUCACAGGCCACUCAUUCUGCUGCUGGAGCUGUGGUGUCAAAGCCCAGAGAAAUCGCCUCCCUCAUCCGGAACAGAUUUGGCAGUGCCGACAACAUCGCAGCCCUGAAGGACUCUCUAGAUGAAACCACAGGAGACGAAGGUGUCGGUCCCGGGACGACGAGGUCCCUCGGGGCAGGACAGUUACAGUCCAGCCCAAAGUACGGCAGCGAUGACGACUGUUCUAGCGCCACAUCUGGCUCCGCCGGGGCUAACAGCACCACCGGCGCCCCCGGGGGUCCACCGAGCUCUAAAGGCAAUACCCUGGAACAGCCCCAGGCCUCGGGCCUGGAAGCAGUUCUUCAUGAGAUUCAAGAGCUGCGGGAGAACCAGGGUCGACUGGAGGAGUCCUUCGAGAGCUUAAAGGUCCACUACCAGCGUGAAUACACAGUGAUCAUGCAGGCUUUACAGGAGGAGCGAUACAGGUGUGAACGUCUGGAAGAACAGCUGAAUGACUUGACGGAACUGCACCAGAAUGAAAUUCUGAACUUGAAACAGGAGCUAGCCAGCAUGGAGGAGAAGAUUGCUUAUCAGUCUUACGAACGAGCGAGAGACAUUCAAGAGGCACUGGAGGCAUGUCAGACGCGCAUUUCCAAGAUGGAGCUGCAGCAGCAACAGCAGCAGGUGGUGCAGCUGGAGGGUUUGGAGAACGCCACGGCGCGGACUCUUCUUGGGAAACUCAUCAACGUGCUGCUAGCCGUCAUGGCGGUCCUUCUGGUGUUCGUGUCCACUGUGGCGAACUGUGUCGUUCCUCUGAUGAAAACGAGAAGCCGCACACUUUCCACGGUGCUCCUCGUAAUCCUCCUGGCCUUCCUGUGGAGGCACUGGGAGGCCAUUUCGGAAUAUCUUCACCGAUUUAUUCUGAGUCCCAGAUGACCGGUUUGGGCAGACUUAUAUGGAUGAUAAAACAGAGGGUGUGGGGGGUCGGGGGUGUUGAUGGUGGGACACUGAUCUUAGACGAUAAGAUGAAACUCAAUAGUCCUUUUUU